AUGUUUUCUGGCGCGGUCGCCCGGCCGGGAUUCCCAGUUGGCCGCGCGGAGGCGUGUCGAGAUUUGCGAGUGGAGUGUGCAUACGUCGCGAAACACGCUGGCGGGACGACGGGCGAGGACGCACUUCUGGGCUGCGGAGGAGCGCGAGGCGGGUCACGGCAUGGAGCAGAUACACCUGGAGGAGGCUCGCGCACUGCUGGAGGAGGCCCGCGGUCUCCGGUUCACAGCCCGACGUGUGCACCUGGCGCACCGCGUCACCUCGCUCAUCAGGGAAGGCGAUCAUGUAAUUCUGUCUGUCCAUUUUGUGUAUCCAUGGAUCCUGGAACCGGUGGCAGCAAAGGAUUAGAGAGGCUCCUACGCGAACAGAUAGAUGACUUGCUACUACAGGCUUUACGUUAUCCAUAAGCCACGAUAAUGGAACUAAAUUAAGAAACUAGUUAGACAGGCCAGCUGUUUGGUCUAGUGUUCCUAAGCAAAAUUCUGUUUUGCUUUUGCUUCCGUUACUGUCUGAUAGUUCCUUCUUACAGACGGGCUUUGGUACUAUUUCAGGGUACAGAUAAUGGUACUGAUUUUUUUUUAUCACGCAUCUUUGAGUGAUUGAAGGUGCGUACAAGAGGUUGCUGAAAAGUUACUGGCCUUGCCAACAUUGAAAAAAAAGCUAUAGUUUUACCAAUUUAUUCAAUAUAUUAUUCCCUGAGAUUAGCUCUCCGCAGCCUCCUUGACAUCUUCACUGUCCUGAAAACGGUUACCCUUCAAAUGUUUCUUCAAGUUCGUGGAAGAUGAUAGUCCGAGGGGCUAUAUUUGGUGAGAUGGGUGGAUGUCUGCCUAGUUCAAAGUCCUGGGUUGUCAAUUUGUGAGCCACAAAGUUGGACCUGUGCGCAGGUGGGUUGUCAUUCAUCAAAAGAAUCGUUUUGGUCCUCCGCGUUUGUUCUUAACUGCUUCGAUCAGCUGGUCCAGCAGGUUAGCAUAGUAUUUUCCGGUUCUAGUGGAUCCCUGAGAAAAGUCCACCAGCAGAAUGCCGCCCUUCUCCCAGAAAACGGACACCAUCAGUGAGUGUGUAACUUCUUCAGGAUUGCUGUGGCGCCAUUAUAUUGAUUCUUGUUUGCUUUCAGGGUCAUAAAUGUGAAGUUAGGUUCCAUCCUCAGUCACUAACUUCUAAAAACGUCUCUGGAGCUUCAAAAUGGCACAAAAUGAUUUUCGAUGUUCCUGCUGCUGAUAACAGUUCAGAUAUUUCGGCAUCUAUUUCGUUGAAGGCUUUCGCAUAUCCAGUAUUGUGGCGCUCAUGAAACCAACACGCUCCAGGGAGAUGUGCGGUAUGCCGGCUAUCUUUUUGGCCGCUGUUUGUCGGUCCUGAUGAAACAACUCAUGGACAGCAUCCGAUGUUGCAAUGUCUGCUGCAGUUUGAGGGCUGCUGCUGCGGGACUCGCCGAGAUAUACAAGUUUUCACAGUGCUGCAGAAAGCACUGCAGUGCUUGUGCCAUCUCAGUAUGAAAGUCCUUUACGGACUUUCCCUGAAGAACCCCA